AUGCCCGCCGCCGUCGCUUCUUCCCCCGCCGCCACCGGCAAGGAGACCGCCCAGUCGGUCGCCAUCCUUGAGGAUCUCAUCAAGAACCUCAACAUCUCCACCUCGGCUGAUGAGGUCAACGCUGCCGCCAGCAACCUCGCCACUCUCUUCAGCGGUCCCAUCCCCGAGCAGACUCUUCCCCUGAAGGCCGUCGAGACCUUCAAGAAGCAGCUCGGCAACAAGAAGGAUGCCGUUGCCCGCGAGCGUGCCCUCGAGGGCAUCCGCGCCAUCGCCUCCCACCGGACCAUCGCUCCUGGUGUUGAGCCCCACCUUGUGUCCCUCCUUCUGCCCGUCCUCAACGCGGUCGGUGACAAGAUGGUCCCCGUCAAGGAGGCCGCCCAGAGCACCGCCGCUGCCAUCGUUCAGGCUGUCUCUGGCAACGCCGUCAAGGCUGUUACUGCCCAGAAGUGGCAGGAGAAGAUGGCUGCCCUGACCUGUCUGGAGGCUCUCAUCGAGACUGCCCCCGCUCAGCUCUCCUACCAGGUGCCUGCCCUCAUUCCCGUCAUCUCCGAGGCCAUGUGGGACACCAAGUCCGAGAUCAAGAAGGCCGCCUACGCCACCAUGGAGAAGGUCUGCGGUCUCAUUGUCAACAAGGAUAUUGAGCGCUUCAUUCCCGAGCUCAUCAAGUGUAUCGCCAAGCCCGAGAACGUCCCCGAGACUGUUCACUUGCUCGGUGCCACCACUUUCGUUACUGACGUGACUGGCCCUACCCUCGCUAUCAUGGUUCCCCUUCUUGACCGUGGUCUUGUCGAGCGUGAGACUGCCAUCAAGCGUAAGUCUGCCGUCAUUGUCGACAACAUGUGUAAGCUCGUGGAGGACCCCAACAUUGUUGCUCCCUUCUUGCCCAAGAUGUUGCCCGCCUUGAACAAGAACAACGAGACUCUCGCCGACCCCGAGGCCCGUGAGAAGACCAAGCAGGCUCUCGAGACCCUGUCCCGUGUCGGUAACAUCGUCGAUGGCAAGAUCCCCGAGGUCUCCACCGCUGGUGACAUCUCUACCGUGUCCACCAUUUUCAAGGAGAUCCUUGCCGAGAAGAAGGUUUCCAAGGACGUCAUGGAGAAGUCCGAGGCUGUCAUCAACUACGUCGGUGCCAUCGCCGGUCAGCUCGUCGACGAGAAGGACUCCGACAACACCACCUGGAUCCAGAACUGCACUCCCUUCAUCAUCGCCGUUGCCGGUGAGGCCGAGGCCAAGAACAUUGCCGAGACUCUCCGCAAGAAGGCUUCCCCCGAGGCUGCUGCCGCUGAUGAGGUUCCCUCCGAUGAGGAGGACGGUGUUGACCUUUGCAACUGUACCUUCUCUCUGGCCUACGGUGCCAAGAUUCUGCUCAACCAGACUCACCUUCGCCUGAAGCGUGGUCAGCGUUACGGUCUUCUCGGUCCCAACGGUUCCGGUAAGACCACCCUCAUGCGCGCUAUCAACAACGAGCAGCUUGAGGGCUUCCCCAAGAAGGAUGAGGUCAAGACCGUCUACGUCGAGCACGACCUUGACGCUGCCGAUACCGAGCUGACUGUCUGCGGCUGGACCGUCAAGAAGCUCCAGGAGGUCGGUCUCAACCCCGUUGAGGCUGAGGUCCGUGACAAGCUUGUCAACGAGUUCGGCUUCCAGGAGUCUCAGCUCGAUGGCUCCAUUGGUGCCCUGUCUGGUGGUUGGAAGAUGAAGCUCGCUCUGUGCCGUGCUGUCUUCGAGAGCCCCGAUAUUCUCCUGCUCGACGAGCCCACCAACCACUUGGACGUCAAGAACGUUGAGUGGCUCGAGAACUACCUCAAGUCCUCCCCUUGCACUUCCAUCAUGGUCUCCCACGACUCUCGCUUCCUUGACCACGUUAUCCAACACGUUGUCCACUACGAGCGUUUCAAGCUCAAGCGUUACCGUGGUACCCUCUCCGACUUCGUCAAGCGUGUCCCCUCCGCUCGCUCCUACUACGAGCUCGGUGCCUCCGAGAUGGAGUUCAAGUUCCCCGAGCCCGGUUUCCUCGAGGGUGUCAAGACCAAGUCCAAGGCCAUCAUCCGUGUCAACAACAUGUCUUUCCAGUAUGAAGGCACUCCCAAGCCCCAGAUCAAGGACAUCACUUUCCAGGUCUCUCUUGGCUCCCGUAUUGCCGUCAUCGGUCCCAACGGUGCCGGAAAGUCCACUCUCGUUAAUGUCCUGACUGGUGAGCUUAUCCCCACCGCCGGUGAUGUCUACCAGCACGAGAACAUCCGUAUCGCCUACAUCAAGCAGCACGCUUUCGCCCACAUUGAUAACCACUUGAACUCUACUCCCUCCGAGUACAUCCAGUGGCGUUUCCAGACCGGUGAGGACCGUGAGACCAUGGACCGCGCCAACAAGAUCGUCACCGAGGAGGACGAGAAGGCCAUGGACAAGAUCUACAAGGUCAACGACACCUUCCGUCGUGUCAUUGGCAUCCACUCUCGCCGCAAGUUCAAGAACACCUACGAGUACGAGAUCUCCUGGUCUCUGGGUGACAACAUCGGCAUGAAGUCCGAGAAGUGGAUUCCCAUGAUGUCCAACGAGAACACCUGGUUGCCCCGUUCCGAGAUUAUCGCUUCCCACCAGAAGCAGGUCGCCGAGGUCGACCAGAAGGAGGCCCUUGCCUCCGGUCAGUUCCGUCCCCUUGUCCGCAAGGAGAUCGAGCAGCACUGCGCCAACUUCGGUCUCGAUAACGAGCUGGUUUCUCACUCCCGCAUGCGUGGUCUCUCCGGUGGCCAGCGUGUUAAGGUUGUUCUCGCCGCUUGCUCGUGGCAGCGUCCCCACGUCAUCGUUCUUGACGAGCCCACUAACUACCUCGACCGUGACUCCCUUGGUGCUCUCUCCAAGGCCAUCAAGUCCUUCGAGGGUGGUGUUAUCAUCAUUACUCACUCCCGUGAGUUCACUGAGGACCUGACUGAGGAAGUCUGGGCCGUCAACCACGGUCUCAUGACCCCCUCCGGCCACAACUGGGUCCAGGGUCAGGGCUCCGGUCCCCGUCUUGAUGCCAAGGGUGACGACGAGGAGGACAAGUUCGACGCCAUGGGUAACAAGAUCGUUGUCGAGAAGAAGAAGAAGCUUACUGGAUCUGAGCUUCGCAAGAAGAAGAAGGAGCGUGCUGCCCGCCGCAAGCGUGGUGAGGAGGUCUUCUCCGACGAGGACGAUAUCUAA